UCUCAUUUUUCUAAUCUUACAAAUGGCUGCUGCGGCGACGAUAUCGCCACUAUAUUUUCUCUUCCCUACCGCAAACACACGUCUCUCACUCUCACACUAUCGCCUCCGCCGCACUUUCAUGGCUUCUUCCGACGCCUCCGCCGGAGAAGUCGCCGCCGUGAGCGAUGUGUUGGUUCAGUACAUAGUUCUCCGGCGAGAUUUGAUUGACACUUGGCCGCUCGGGAGUGUAGUUACGCAGGGUUGCCAUGCCGCUGUUGCUGCUGUCUGGGCCCACAAGGAUGACGAGCAUACACUGGAGUAUUGUAGCCCCGAUAAUAUCGAUUCGAUGCACAAGGUUACACUUGAGGUGAAGGGGGAGCCCCAGAUUAGGAACUUAUCGGAGAAAUUAGUAGCUGCUGGCAUUGCCCACAAGCUGUGGAUUGAACAACCUGAAAACAUACCUUCAUGUCUUGCUACAAAACCGUACCCCAAAUCCGCCGUGUCUUCUUUCUUUAAAAAAUUGAAACUGUGCAAGUGACAGCUUUGAAAGAAUUAUAAGAUUCUUCGUAAUGCAAAGCUUACCCUCAACUUUCCAAUAACAGUUUUUUUAUGUUGGUCUUAAUUUUUCAACUUGUUUACAA